AUGUUGAACGCGCGGUCCGAACCGUCGUUCCCGAUGAUGCGAACCACUGUCGCGCUGUGUAAAUGGGUAGGUCUCUGGGAUGAAACAAAGCGUAACCGACCCGGGUGGCCGGCGUUAGUACUAGUUGCGUCGCUUAUUCUGUGGUACAUCGUUCCCAGUAUGAUUUUCAUGAUACGCCAAGAAAAAGUUCUUCUAGUCCAGCUGAAACCCACCCUGGAGCUGUUCGCCAUGAUCAUCUUUGUGUUUCGCUUAUUGACACAUAUCGUUUAUCUGGAUAAGUUGCAGAGUUGUUAUCACGGAAUUCGUGGUGUUCUAAGUGAAUUCGUCGAUAGUUCGUUUGAAGAUGUGAGAAAAAUUCUGGCACAUUUGCAGUUGUCAUCCGAAAGGCUUGUGAAAUAUUAUACUUGUGGUGUACUGCUUCAAGCGUCAAUCUACGGAUGGGUUCCAGCCGUUAUUACUAUCUUCAGAUACGCAUUUGGGUUGGAAAUUAUCGCAUUUCCAUCAACAGUGCUGGAAGCAGAUUUUGUUUUCUUCGAUCAGAAGUCUAGCUUUUGGAUAUGGCUUCCGGUGAUGAUCACUUCGCUGGCGGUCCAAUAUUUGAUGCUUGUCAUCAUAUCAACGAACGAGUGUCUACUGUGGAACCAACUGCAUCACGUGUCCUGUACGUUUAAACUUAUCGCGGCCGAGAUUAGAAUGCUUGACCACUGGAAGGAUGCGGUCGGUUUUCGGCUGAAACUUGCCAGCAUUGUGUCGCACCACGAGUCCUGUUAUGGAAGUGCCCGACUACUUGAAAGCAGCCUCCGUCCGGUGAUGGCAAUUCUAUACUGCUCCUGCGUCUUUCAAACCUGCUACAUCAUGUUUGUCGUCAGUAUUGUGAAAGAUUACAUUCUGAUUGGGUCCAUGAUAUUCGUGCUGAACUAUACUGUGUUUGUAAUAUUCACGUUUUCAAUGUUGGGAACGGAACUAAUGGAUGCUAGUUCCGCUGUAUCCGAUGCCAUUUACAACUCGCACUGGUACAAACGAUCUUACCAGGAUCAGCGACUGCUUCUAUUUAUGUUAAGCAGAUCUCAAAAGGCGGUUUUUAUUAGUGCCGCAAAAUUUUUUCCCAUCACCCGAGCAACGUUUGGUGGGGCUAUGAAAUCCGCCUUUUCGUUUUUCACCGUAAUGCAACAAUUUUACAGAGACGAUUGA